AUGACUGAACAGAUAAGUCACAAGAAAUCUCUACCAAAAGUUAACAAGGAGAGAAGAGCCCAGCUAAAGGAGUAUUACAGGCUAGAAGAAGAAGCAGAAGAAGCAGAAGAACACAAAAGAACAGAACCCAAACCUAAUGCAACGUCUAGUCAUGUGCAAGAAGAUAAACCAAUUGAACAGUUAAAGUUCCAAGAAUUAGUUCACACUCACAAUAGACUCCUGAGCAAAGAGACGGAAACGAAUAAUUCCAUAAAGAAUACAAUUUAUGAGAAUUACUACGACCUUAUAAAAGUAAACGACCUGCUGAAAAGCAUGACAGGCUCCAAUGAGAAGGAGCUCAACCAGCUGAAGAAGGCCGUCGAACUGCUGGAGGAGUAG